UGAAUCAUUAAACUAAACAAACAAACAAACAAACGAAAAUGGAGACCAAUUUGAUUCUUCUUCUUUUUCUUCAAUUCUUCUUCUUUCACCUUACAACCUCAUCUGAAGACCCUUCAUCACCAUCAGCAAUCAUUUCCAGAUUCCAAGAAUACCUCCAAAUCAACACCUCUCAGCCGUCUCCCGACUACAGCAAAGCCACCGCCUUCCUCCUUUCACAAGCUGAAUCCCUUUCUUUAGAAUCGCAAACCUUCGAAUUCGCUAAAAACAAACCCAUCGUCCUUCUCAAGUGGCCCGGUUCCGACCCUCACCUGCCCGCCAUCCUGCUCUACUCCCACACUGAUGUCGUUCCGUCUGAGCCGGAAAAAUGGUCCCACCACCCGUUCGGGGCCCACGUGGAUUCCGAGGGGAAUAUUUUCGCCAGAGGGUCCCAGGACAUGAAGUGCGUUGGGAUGCAGUACUUAGAAGCCAUUCGGAAGUUGAAGGCAGGUGGGUUUCAGCCUGUGAGAACUGUUUAUGUGGCUUUUGCCCCUGAUGAAGAGAUUGGAGGCCAUGAUGGAGCUGAGAAGUUUGCUGAGUCUGAUAUUUUCAAGACCUUGAAUGUUGGUAUUGUGCUUGAUGAAGGGUUGGCUUCUCCUAGUGAGAAUUACAUGGCAUUUUAUGCGGAGAGGUGUCCAUGGUGGCUAGUUAUUAAGGCCAGAGGAGCUCCAGGGCAUGGGGCGAAGCUGUAUGAUAAUAGUGCCAUGGAGAACUUGUUUAAAAGCAUUGAGAGCGUGAGGAGGUUUAGAGCUUCACAGUUUGAUUUGGUGAAGGCUGGAUUGAAGGGUGAAGGGGAGGUCAUUUCAGUUAACAUGGCCUUUCUUAAAGCUGGCACUCCAUCACCAACUGGGUUUGUCAUGAAUUUGCAGCCAUCUGAAGCAGAAGCAGGUUUUGAUAUUCGGGUCCCUCCUACUGCAGAUGCAGAAGCUUUGGAGAGACGAAUUGCUGAAGAAUGGGCUCCUGCUUCACGCAAUAUGACAUUUGAGCUUGGACAGUUCAAACAAAAAGCUUCUAUUUAUGACGAGUUUGGAAAACCAAUUAUCACUGCAACUGAUAUUUCAAACCCAUGGUGGAGCCUUCUGGAGGAAGCGGUUAAAAAUGCUAAUGGAAAACUAGGUAAGCCAGAGAUCUUCCCUGCUGCCACAGAUGCUCGCUAUUUCCGGAAACAAGGCCUGCCAGCCAUUGGCUUCUCUCCUAUGGCAAACACCCCGAUUCUGCUUCAUGACCAUAAUGAGUUUCUAAACCAAGCUGAAUACCUGAAAGGCAUUGACAUCUAUGAGUCCAUUAUUAAAGCUUAUGCAUCUUAUAUUCAGCACACAAAGGAAGAAUUCUCAAGAGAUGAGUUGUGAGCAACCAGCACAGAGCGUUCCUAACUCUCUUAAGUCAUCAUGAUCUCAGUUUCUGCCUCGUUGUAACAUAUGGGAGUUGAGAUUAAUAAAUGUCCCUCCGAUGUAUCAAUAAAUAGGGAGGCAAUCUGGUACGAGGACCAGUGAAAUGUAUUAUUUUCCAAAUGCUAUGGUAAAGGAUUUUGCUUUUGUGACAGGGUAUCUAGUAUGCAGCAAUCUGGUACGAGGACCAGUGAAAUGUAUUAUUUUCCAAAUGCUAUGGUAAAGGAUUUUGCUUUUGUGACA